AUGUUUGAUCUCGAAGGAAAGUUUAUUUCUAAAUUUGGAAAACAGGGGGAGAAUGAAGGAGAGUUCGAUGGGCCCUAUUAUUUGUUAGUUAACAAAGAAGGAUUGCUAAUGGUCUGUGAUGCAGGAAAUAACAGAGUUCAGGUAUUUGAACUGAGUGGAAAGUUUGUUGCAAAGUUUGGAAGUGAAGGUAGCGAGAGAGGAGAGUUUGAUUGUCCAGGUUCUAUAGCAAGUCUUAGUGAUGGAAGGAUAGUUGUGAGUGAUAGGAAUAACCAUCGAAUCCAGAUAUUUGACCAAAUAUGAUAUGAUCUCAUCCUUCUAUUAUUGAUAUGCUACAAUUGCUCGCAUAUUUUUGGAGGAAAAAUAUUUUUGACGUAGUUUAAUUAGUUUCUUGAUCUUUCAUAGCUUUUCAUGCAUAAUACAGCAAAUAGCACUUGAGUAAAGAUUGUUUAAGAGUGUAGAUUCUGUUUGUUUCCAAAUAAUGUGAAAAUUUUAAUCCACCUUUAAGCUUGCGUAGAAAGCGUUUUCAUGCGCGCAGCUUUGUUGAAAACGUUGGUUUUCUUUUACUCUCGCUCCAACGUUCGUAUAUUAACUCGAUUGAAAACGCUCGCUACGCGGGCUAAUUAAGGCCACCACAGCCAUUGUCAAAUGUUGAAGACUAUUUUUAAGGUCAUUUGUAUAAUUUAAUCGUAGUGUGAUGGCUAUUCAAUAUGCUAUGUAAAAAUCUAAGCUUUUAAAUUAUGAUGUAAUGUAAGUAAAUUUGUAAUAAACUUCAACAAUUCUUCGCACUUUAAAAUUUGCUUGGUUUAUCUCACUGAGGAAUGUUUACCCUAUUAUCUUACUUGCCCUUACAGAUUUUGCAAAAACAAAAAAAAAUUCGAAAAACCAUUUGAAGCUUAGGUAAAAGUUUUUUUCUGCUCAUUCUUUGGACAAAAUUAUGAUAAUAAUGAUAAUUAUGAUGAUGAUAAUAAUAAUAAUCAAAUUAAAAAGAGAUACUAGCCUAUUUUGCCUUCUCUUAAAUUCGAGAUGAAAUAAAGUUUUAUGUAUGUAUGUGUGUAUGUGUGUGUGUAUGUAUGUAUGUAAUACAGGUCUGAGCGCUGAAGAUUCUUAAAGUUAACUGACAGCUCACUGUAAAAUCUGUGCGAAUGACAGAACAUAUAAAGCUAUCAAUAGCCUAUCUAAACUGCCUAUGAUGCUCAAAAAUAAUAGUAUUAUCAUUACUAAAAAAUUUUAAAAUAAUGAAAUAAUAAUAAUCAUACCCAAUUCCAGACCAAAAUGGACAAAGUGUACACCCGUUUUCAGAACAAAACGGCCCAAACACCUACCCAACCCGAUGGGGCGGCACAUACCCAUAUAGCUUAUAUAAGAGAGUACCCCCCGGGUAAGCUCUGCGUAAAACAGAUGGUAGGCCAUCGGUCAAAUUAGGGAUAACUAGACUUUGAAAUAGUGUUGUUCUUUCUGGUGCGAGGAAUGUAUGUUAGGACAUAACAUAAUACGCACCAACAAAGAACACAAAACGCUGGCACUGAAGGAUUUUCAAGAUCAAGACAUCGAGGCCGUGUUAAAGCGACCAGCAUUUUGCCAGAAGGAACUUCAUGAAAAAGAGGAGCUGAAGUUCUUUUGUAAGAAGUGUCAAGUCGCAAUUUGCAACAGUUGUGCAAUGACACUUCAUGAAGGUCACGGCAAAAUGCUCUUGCAAGAAGCUACAAAUGCCCGUAAGACAAAGAUAAAUUCCAUGAUUAAAUCUUUAAAAGAUAAAGCACUGGAAAAACGAAAGGAGGUCGAGCAAUUCAACCAAAAGAGCAUGGAAGUUCAAGCGAAAGUAGCCGACGUAAAAAGCCAAGUGCAGACGAAUGUAGACCAAAUGAUUGCAAUCAUCGAAGCGAGGAAACAGGAUGUUUUUGAUGCGGUCGAUGAUCAAGCGAACAAAUCACUUGAAACACUCUCACAGAAAAAAGGCAAAGUUGAAAACCAAGUGAAAAUAAUUGAAUCAGCAGUUGCACAAACUGAAUCUCUGAUGAAACGAAACUUUAGUACAGAAAUCCUUGGAUUCAAGGAAACAUUUGAUAAAAUCCUACAGGAACAGGGCACCCAAGAAAACCGUGACACUGAAUGUACUCCACAGUUUAGUUUCACCAAAAGUGAAAAAUUGAUUAACGUGUUGAACAGUGAAGGUAUAGGUAAUGUAAAAACUGUUUUUAGCGAAACUAAAUCGCAGCAAUCAGGAGCCAAAGGUAAAGAAAGUAAUAAAGUAAUUAGUGGGAAUAAAGGAGCAAAUAUUCGUGACAGUCUUCUUGAGGCUCAGGUACAAACCAAGCGUUUCAGAUUUGUGUUGUCAUUUGGACAAUACGGUAAGUCUGUUGGAAUGCUUAACGGGCCCUGGGGGGUGGCAGUGAAUGAUCGUGAUGAAAUUGCCGUGACUGAGCUCUGGAACCAUAGGGUUUCAGUGUACAGUAGUGAUGGUAUCCAUUUAAGAUCGUUUGGUGGGGAGGGUGAGGAAAAUGGUGAGUUAAAUCAACCUUCAGGGAUCGCUUUUGAUAGUCAUGGCAAUAUUAUAGUGGCAGACUGUAAUAACGACAGGGUACAAGUCUUUGAUAGAAAUGGAAAGUUCCUUCGUAAGUUUGGCAAACAUGGAACUCUUGAUCACAAGCUUAAAAACCCUGAAGGUUUAUCAAUAAACGGCCAGAGUUAUAUUAUUGUUAGUGAUAGAGAUAACAAAUUAAUCAAGAUAUUCUCUUCUAAUGGGGAGUAUUUAGGUAAAUUUGGUGGAGCAGGUUCUUUGGUCAGUCCCUAUCACUGUAUCCAACACGGUCAAUAUUUGAUAGUCUCAGACUGUGAUGACCAUUCCAUUAAAAUGUUUGAUCUUGAGGGAAAGUUUAUUUUUAAAUUUGGAAAACAGGGAAACAAGGAUGGAGAGUUCAAUGAGCCCUCUUACUUGUCAGUUAACAAACAAUGA